AUGCCCCCAGUUCUUUCUAGGAUCCCUAUAGCCGCCCGAGAGUCUAUCUCAAGGUUCCUCACGUCACUUAUAAAUAAUUUGAAUUCGGAUUUCUCCUCACUACCCUUAUGGUUAGACCUGGUUAGUUUUUGUUUUCGAGUCCUAGUUAAACCCAAAAAUAAAAUAAAUAACUUAUCUGCCUUAAUUAAGGAAAAAGUUUCCAAUUUUGGAAAUACAAUUAUCGAUGAAUUUUCUCCUUCUUACGCUUUAAACCCCAACUCCUUCCGUCACAAAUUGAUCUCCGAAAAAUUAGAUCUUGGAGAUAUUAGCGGUGCGGCCCGAAUAUUGUCUUCCGAUGACUCUAUUUCACCUAUCAACGUUACCAUAUUUAAACAACUUCUUGAAAAACAUCCACGAGCGUCCCCUUUUAACAUCCACCCGCAUGCCUCCUCCCCUAUUCCCUUUACCUGUGACGAAGUACUUAAGUGCUUAAAGUCCUUUAGAAAAGGGACGACAGGUGGGUUGGACGGCUUCCGACCUGGUUUCUUUGUGGAGCUAAUUCAAUGCUCUGAUAGUGGUUUCAUCGACCCUUUGUUGAAAGCAUUAACCGAACUGUGCAAUAAUAUCCUCGUACGCGAAGUUCCCCUUUGCAUUCGUCCAAUUAUUUUUGGCGCCCGUCUUGUCUCCUUGACCAAACCGGAUGGCGGCGUUAGACCCAUAGCCAUAAGGUCAUUCUUUCGUCGUUUAGUCGCCAAGGCUAUUGUAAAUAGGAUUCGGCCUAAGGCCAGUUCCUUCUUAUUUCCUUCACAGUUAGGAUUUGGAGUGAGAGGUGGGUGUGAAGUGGCCUCACAUGUUGCGCGUAUUUUUAUAAAUACUGAGGCCGAUAAGGUUUUCUGCAAGUUAGACUUCAGAAAUGCCUUCAACACCAUCCAUAGGAGGGCAUUCUUACCAUCUUUUUUACACCAUUUCCCAAAAUAUGGGAAUUUCCUUAAUUCCUGUUAUGGAUUCCCUUCGUUACUCAAAUUCGGGGAAUUUUCCAUAUCUUCCGAAGAGGGGAUACAGCAAGGUGAUCCUCUAGGCCCCCUGCUCUUUACUAUUGGGAUUCAUGAUUUGAUCAAAAAUUUAAAGUCUAAUUUCCAAUUAGACCUUAAUUUAUGGUAUCUCGACGAUGGCUCUUUUGGCGGUUCUUUAUCCAAUGUUAUGUCGGCCAUAGAGUACGUUGAAAUGGAAGCCUCGAAAAUUGGUCUUUCCCUAAAUAGGAAAAAGUGUGAAAUUUCCUCCCUCAACAAUAAGGAUUUUAUUCCUCCCUUAGAUUUUACAAUCAUUCCGCACGAGGAACUCUGUCUUUUAGGUUCCCCUAUCGGUUUUUCAACCUCCUUUUGUCAAAAAACUUUUGACGAUUUGAUCCAGUCCCUUUCCAAUUCACUCAAGAAUCUUCCUCAUCUCCCCAAGCAUCAGUUCUUCUUUCUCACCAAAAAUGUCUUUUUCUACCUAAAUUCUUACAUUUAUUUAAAUCUUCCACCGUUUUCCAGCUUAAAUUUUUCCGAUUUCAAUUGGUCCCUCGCCUCUAUGCCCGCUUACCGGGGUGGACUGGGAUUGUCACCCCCCUUCCUUAUGGCAAUUGCGUGUUUUCUUUCAUCUCGAAUAUCUUUCGCCGAUUCUAUUUCCUCGCUUAUCGAGUUGGACGAUCCCCUUCUAUCUUCAGCUAAACAAGAGUGGCUUACUCUAAUCACCCAAGGCUCCGAGCAGCCAAUUUCCUGUCAUCUAAAGAGCUUCCUGAAACGCAAAAAAAACUCUAACGGCCAUGAAUGGCUAGACGCAAUUCCGAGUGGUAAAAAGGAAACGUUACUCACAGACGAUGAGUUUCAAACUGCCAUUGGCCAUAGGCUUGGUUGCUUUAUCCCUUCUGUGGACACCUGUGCUGCCUGUCACAAACAGGUUGAUCCUUUCUCUAGACAUUGUUUCUCGUGCCUCAAAGUCAGUGGCCGUUUCCUGAGGCACGACAACCUUAAUAGGUUAAUCGGCAAAGCCUUGAUUUCGGCCGGUUUCCCCAAUAGCUUGGAGCCAUUGGGUCUCCUAAAUGCUGACGGUAAGCGCCCUGACGGCAUGUCUUUAACGUCUUGGCACGGCGGCAAAAGACUUGUGUGGGACGUCUCUUGUGUUACCUUUCCGGCUAACGGAAAUACCGACCCCUUGGAACUACAAGAAACCAAUAAGAUUAAUAAAUAUAGAUUCCUCCCUAACUCUUUUAUAUUUAUUCCCCUAAUUUUUAGCGUCCUUGGAAACCCCGGUCCCCAAUCCCUAAAGUUCUUAAAUCAAUUGGGUAGAAGAAUUUCGUUAAGGACAGGGGUUAAAAACGAGUCCCUAUCUCUUAAACAAAAAGUCCAAUUUGAAAUCCUAAAGGGGAACUACAAAUGUUUCUUCGAAACACUCCUAUUUCACUCCUAG